UCACCACUGGAACUGAUGGUGAGGGCAUUGGAUGCUGAAGGAAAUACUUUUAGUACUUUGGCAGGGAUGAUGUUUGAGUGGAGCAUUGCCCAGGAUAAUGAAUCAGCAAGAGAAGAACUGUCUAGCAAAAUUAGGAUUUUGAAAUACUCUGAAGCAGAAUAUUCUCCCCCUGUGUAUAUAGCUGAGAUGGAAAAGGAAGAGAAAAGAGGAGAUAUGAUUUUGGUGUCUGGGGUUACAACUGGUGCUGCUGUUGUAAAAGUUCGAAUUUCUGAACCAUUCUAUAAGAAAGUGGCAGCAGCAUUGAUACCUCUGCUUGUUUUAGAGAAUGUGUUUCUUAUACCAUCCCAUGAUAUUUAUCUCUUAGUAGGAGCAUAUAUUAAAUAUCGAGUUGCAAAAAUGGUUCAGGGAAGAAUGACAGAGGUGAAAUUUCCCCUGGAACAUUAUACACUGGAAUUGCAAAACCACAGAGUUUCAUGUAAUGUGUCUCUUCCUGGGAAAGUGGCUUUACUGGAUGAGAAAACAGCCAUGGUGACUGCUGUCCAACUGGGCCACACUAACCUUGUCUUUAUCCAUAAAAAUGUCCAUAUGCGAUCUUUGUCUGGACUCCCAAAUUGCACCAUAUAUGUUGUAGAGCCUGGAUUUCUAGGUUUCACAGUCCAACCUGGAGACCGUUGGAGUCUAGAGGUGGGGCAGGUGUAUGUUAUUACAGUAGAAGUAUUUGAUAAAAGCAGCACAAAAGUCUAUAUUUCAGAUAAUCUCAGGAUUAUGUACCAAUUCCCAAGAGAGUAUUUUGAAGAGCAGCUGACUACUGUGAAUGGAUCUUACAAUGUAGUGAAAGCCCUGAAAGAUGGUGUGGUCGUGAUAAAUGCAUCCCUGACUUCCAUCAUUUACCAGGAUAAAAAUAUUCAGCCUAUAAAAUUUCCAAUUAUACAUCAGCAAGAAGUGAAGAUUUAUUUUCCCAUCAAGCUUACACCCAACUUUCUGGCAUUUCCUCACCAUCCCAUGGGAAUGUUAUAUCGUUAUAAAGUACAGGUAGAGGGUGGCAGUGGCAAUUUCACCUGGACCUCUUCUAAUGAAACAGUGGCCAUGGUAACCACUAAAGGAGUGGUGACGACAGCUGGUCAGGUCAGGGGGAACAGCACUGUUUUGGCCCGAGAUGUACAAAAUCCUUUUCGAUAUGGCGAAAUUAAGGUAUGUGUUCUGAAACUGAACAAAAUUAAAAUGUUACCAUUUCAUGGUGAUGUAGAGGUUGGCCAGAUUAUAGAAAUCCCCAUUGCCAUGUAUCAUGUAAAUAAGGAGACCAAAGAGGCCAUCGCGUUCUCAGACUGCUCUCAUUUAUCCUUGGAUUUGAACAUGGAUAAACAAGGAGUCUUCACUCUUCUCAAAGAAGGUAUUCAAAGACCAGGACCAACAUACUGUUCCAGUGCACAUAUAGCAGCCAAAUCUCUGGGCCAUACUUUGGUAACAGUUAGUGUGACUAAAUAUGAAGAGUAUUUGGAGAGCAGUGCCACAUUUGCUGCUUAUGAACCCCUAAAGGCUCUAAACCCUGUGGAAGUGGCACUGGUGACAUGGCACUCUGUAAAGGAAAUGAUAUUUGAAGGGGGCCCUCGUCCAUGGAUCUUGGAGCCCUCACGAUUCUUUUUGGAGCUGAGCACGGAGAACACAGAGAAAAUUAGAAUAACGCAAGUCCGGCUGCCAGCUAAGAGAAAACAGAAUCAGUAUAUCUAUCGGGUCCUGUGCCUGGAUUUAGGGGAACAAAUUCUGACAUUCCAAAUUGGAAAUCAUCCAGGUGUCCUGAACCCUAGUCCAGCUGUAGAAGUUGUGCAGGUACGCUUCAUAUGUGCCCACCCUGCCAGCAUAUCAGUAACUCCAGUAUAUAAGGUGCCAGCUGGUGCCCAGCCAUGUCCUCUGCCACAGCAUAACAAACAACUGAUUCCUGUAUCAAGCCUGAGAGACACAGUCCUGGAACUGGUAGUGUUUGAUCAACACAGGAGAAAGUUUGAUAAUUUCAGUUCACUGAUGCUAGAAUGGAAAUCCUCAAAUGAAACACUAGCUCAUUUUGAAAAUUACAAUUCAGUGGAGAUGGUAGCAAAGGAUGAUGGCAGCGGGCAGACCCGGCUACAUGGUCAAAGGAUCCUUAAAGUACAUCAGAUAAAAGGGACUGUACUCAUUGGAGUCAAUUUUGUGGGCUAUUCAGAGAUGGAAAGUCCUUCUAUUCAGAGAAGGAAAGAACUUUCCAACUUGCCCAGAUCUGCAGCUGUAGAGCUGCUCCUGGUAGAUGAUGUAACAGUAUCGCCUGAGAAUGCUACCAUCUAUAACCACCCUGAUGUGAAGGAAAUAUUUAGCCUUGUGGAAGGAUCUGGUUAUUUUUUAGUCAACAGUAGUGAGCAAGACAUUGCCACCAUCACUUACCUGGAAGCAGAAAGCUCUGUCCAGUUAGUUCCAGUACAUCCAGGAUUUCUCAGCUUGGAGGUCUAUGACCUGUGUUUGGCUUUCUUGGGUCCAGCAAUCGCUCACCUCAGGGUGUCAGACAUGCAAGAGCUGGAGCUUGAUGUGAUUGAUAAGGUUGAAAUAGGUAAAACUGUGUUAGUAACUGUGAGGGUUCUUGGCUCUUCCAAACGCCCGUUCCAAAAUAAAUACUUCAGGAACAUGGAGCUCAAACUGCAGUUGGCUUCUGCCAUUGUCACCCUGAUACUAAUGGAGAAACAGGACGAAUACUCUGAAAAUUAUAUCCUUCGAGCUAUCACUAUUGGGCAAACCACACUUGUAGCUAUUGCCAGGGACAAGAUGGGGAGAAAAUUCAUGUCGGCUCCUCGGCAAAUUGAAGUGUUUCCUCCAUUCAGACUUGUUCCAGAGAAAAUGACACUGAUUCCAACUAAUAUGAUGCAGGUAAUGUCUGAAGGUGGCCCUCAGCCUCAAUCUAUCACUCACUUCUCCAUCAGUAAUCAGACCGUGGCUGUUGUUAAUAGGAGGGGCCAAGUUACAGGGAAGGUAGUUGGCAGAGCUGUGGUCCAUGGCACCAUCAAGACAGUAAAUGAAGAUACUGGAAAAGUCAUUGUGUUUUCCCAGGAUGAAGUGCAGAUUGAAGUUGUGCAGCUAAGGGCUGUUAGGAUCCUUGCAGCUGCAACUCGACUCAUCACAGCUACUGAGAUGCCAGUUUACGUCAUGGGAGUGACCAGUACCCAGACCCCUUUCUCCUUCAGCAAUGCCAACCCUGGGCUCACAUUCCAUUGGUCCAUGAGCAAAAGGGACGUAUUGGAUCUAGUGCCCAGGCAUUCAGAGGUUUUUCUACAACUCCCAGUAGAGAAUAACUUUGCCAUGGUUGUCCACACAAAAGCAGCUGGUUGGACCAGUAUCAAAGUCACUGUCCGCUGUAUGAACAGUUCCUCUGGGCAGUUUGAGGGGAAUUUGUUGGAACUGUCUGAUGAAGUUCAGAUCCUGGUGUUUGAAAAACUCCAACUUUUCUACCCAGAGUGCCAACCCAAACAAAUUCUGAUGCCCAUGAAUUCUCAGCUCAAACUCCAUACCAACAGGGUAGGGGCCGCCUUUGUGAGUUCCCGUGUUCUCAAGUGUUUCCCUAAUUCAUCUGUCAUUGAGGACGACGGUGAAGGGCUCCUGAAAGCUGGUUCCAUUGCAGGUACUGCUGUGUUGGAAGUCACUUCUAUAGAACCUUUUGGAGUCAACCAAACAACUAUAACUGGGGUUCAGGUAGCACCAGUGACAUACCUGCGAAUGAGCAGCCACCCCAAGCUAUACACAGCUCAAGGAAGGACCCUAUCAGCCUUUCCCUUGGGCAUGUCUCUCACCUUCAUUGUUCAGUUUUACAAUAGCAUCGGAGAGAAAUUCCACACACACAAUACCCAGCUUUAUCUGGCUUUGAACAGAGAUGACCUGCUGCUUAUUGGACCAGGGAAUAGGAACUAUACUUACAUGGCUCAGGCUGUGAAAAGAGGGGUGACACUUGUGAGGCUCUGGGACCAGAGACAUCCAGGCAUGGCAGAUUAUAUUCCUGUUUCUGUAGAGCACGCCAUCGAGCCAGACACCAAGCUUACCUUUGUCGGAGAUGUCAUCUGCUUCAGUACUCACCUCCUCAACCAGAAUGGUGAACCCGGGAUGUGGAUGAUUUCCGCUGAUGACAAUAUUCUACAAACAGACAUUGUCACUGGGGUAGGAGUGGCCAGGAGUCCAGGAAUAGCAACAAUUUUUCAUGACAUUCCAGGACUAGUGAAAACAUAUCGAGAGGUGGUGGUCCAUGCAUCAUCAAGAUUAACACUCAGUUAUGACCUUAAGACUUAUCUCACCAAUACCCUCAGUUCAACUGUGUUCAAGCUCUUCAUCACCACUGGCAGAAAUGGUGUCAAUCUUAAAGGAUCCUGCACCCCAAGUCAGGCCUUGGCCAUUACAACAACACUUCUUCCAGAGACCCUCAUGCGGUGCAAUGUACAGUUCAGUAAUACUUUACUAGACAUUCCAGCAAGUAAAGUCUUUCAUGUCCAUUCAGAUUUCAGCAUGGAGAAAGGGGUUUAUGUCUGCCUAAUCAAGGUUCGACCCCAGUCAGAGGAGCUACUCCAGGCCCUCAGCACGGCUGACACCUCAGUCUAUGGUUGGGCCUCGCUUGUCAGUGAGCAUAGCAAGAAUGGAAUGCAAAGAAUUCUCAUUCCUUUCAUCCCAGCCUUUUACAUCAAUCAAUCAGAAUUGGUUCUUAGCCACAAAAAAGACAUCGGGGAGAUAAGAGUACUGGGAGUGGACAGAGUUCUUGAGAAACUAGAGGUCUUCCCCAGCUCCCCAGUUCUAGUGGUCUCUGGCCAUAGGCCCUCUUCCCUCACACGUGGCCUGGCUAUCUACCCCAUAAAAGUAGUCAACUUCAUUUCCCUCCAGCAGAUGGCAUCACCUGUUUUCAUCAAUAUUUCCUGUGUGCUCACCAGUCAAAUUGAGGCUGUGCGAGUGAGAGCUAUGAAAGGUAAGUCUGGUGCAGAUCAAUGUGAAGAUUCAGGUGUCCUCCAGAAGCUCAUGGGUUCUUACCAGAUUUUCUUUACCCUCUUUGCGGUGUUGGCAUCAACAGCUUUCCUCUUUCUAGCAUACAAUGCCUUUCUAAACAAGAUACAGACAGUUCCAGUCGUUUAUGUACCAACUCUAGGUGCACCACAACCAGGUUCUUACACAUCCACACAUUCUCCCCCUCCCUUCAUGAGUCCACAACCCCCACCAGCGCAGCAUCGGCUACAACAUUGGCUUUGGAGUACAAGGCACUAACCUCUGCUUGGACAAG